AUGUGGGACUCCAAACCUGUGGCGAUAGCUGCGUCGACAGCGAUACCCCUCGUAGUAUGGUUUCUUUCGAAGCUAUACAAGCAGAGACAACUUUUCAAAGGCCUCCCUGGUCCCCCUCACCAUCCAAUCCUGGGCCAUCUCAUUGUUAUGGGAGAGAUUGCACGGAGUCUCCCACCAGAUGCAAAUCCCCAGAUGUAUGCCAACCUUAUCCGGGAGCGAUACAAUCUGGGUGAUAUGUUCUAUCUGGACCUAUGGCCUCUAUCCUGGCCCCAGAUGAUCAUAAUCGAUCCUGCUCUGGCCGUCGAAGUCACCCAAGUUCACAAUCUCCCCAAGGGAAAAUUUGUCCGUCAAUUUCUCGGCCCACUAGUAGGCAAACAUGCCAUGGUUGCCGUCAAUGGCGCGGAACACAGGCUUGUUCGCAGUUUCUUUAGUGCUGGAUACUCAACAUCCAAUAUUUUACGCCAUGUACCAGAUAUGGUGGAUAAGACCGAGAUCUUCGUGGAUAUCCUAAACAAGCACGCUGCUGAAAAGCACAUUUUCCCAAUGGAGGAAGCAACUUCGCGGCUCAUAUUCGAUAUCAUGGGUGCUAUUAUCUUCGAUUCUGAUUUCAAUUCCCAGCGGACUGAUUAUUGUUUAAUGGUUGAUUUCCGAGAUCUGGCGCAAUUGCUUCCAACAUUCAUUCUAGAACGAUAUCUCUCGGACCUCAACCCAUUCCGACAGUAUCAACGCUGGAAGCUGGCUCAGUCCAUAAAUGCCGAGAUUGAGAGGAUGCUGAGGGACCGGUUUAAUUCCAAAUCUGGCAGACAACGGAGUUUGGCAAAGCAAUCUUCGCAUAUUGUUGAUGUUGGAUACAAGACCUAUUUCAAAGGGGGCUUCGCAGAGAAGGGCGAUGACUUCACUCCCGAACUCGACAAAGUUUUUAUGGACACUUUCAUAACGCAGUGUAAGACGUUUCUCUUCGCCGGCCACGACUCGUCUAGCAGCACUAUUUGCUACGUGUACCACCUCCUCAGCAAACAUCCAGAAGUAUUAUCCAAACUUCGAGCAGAACAUGACGAGGUUUUUGGGGAGAACGUCUCCGACGCUCCGAGACUUCUCAGAGAACAGCCAGCUUUACUUCAAAAAUUAGACUACACAAUGUCAGUCAUCAAGGAAGUCCUCAGGAUUUACCCACCUAUUGGUGGUUCGUACCGCUAUGGAGAUCCAAAUAUAUCUCUCACAUACAACGGAACAUCAUAUCCGACGAAUCCCUUCGCUGUCUACGUGGUUGACCAUGCCAUGCUUCGCCACCCUGGAUUAUUCAAAGACCCACUUCGGUUCUACCCCGAGCGGUACACGGCUGCGGCGUCUGAUCCCUACUUUGUUCCAAAAGACGCUUGGCGUGCAUUUGAGAAGGGUCCAAGGAAUUGCAUCGGCGAAGCGAUGGCGGUUGUGCAGAUAAAGGUCAUCCUUGCGCUGACUGUACGUAGUUUUGAUGUACAGGCUGCAUAUGAAGGAGUUGGACCUGUUGUCGCAGGAGAGAGAAUGUACCAGACUUUGCAUGUAACUGCAAAGCCAAAGGAUUCGAUGCCGGCGAGGGUAGUAGCUAGGUGA